CCUCUUUUGAGCACAUGACUUUCGGGUACUCCAGUGAAUCACAACAACACACCGUUUGUGGUGCUGUCUGGUUCAUUUAAGUAUUUUGGUGGUGGUUUUUCUGUCGUUAGUUGCGGAGAGUUGUUUUGAAAAUGAGGCUGCAGUGUUUGUUCGCAGCUUUGUGUCUCGGCGUUGGUGUAAUGGCCGGGAAAUACUCUCGGGAGCUGAAUGAGCCCAAACCGAACGACAGAGAUGGGCAGGCAGUGGAGUUCAGGAUAGCUAAGCUAAACCAGGUCUGGGAGAAAGCUCAAAGGAUGCAGUUGUCUCCAGUCCGGCAGGCUGAGCUGCACAGUGACCUGAAGCUCCAGGAGAAAGAUGAGCUGCAGUGGAAAAAAAUGAAGGUGGAAGGACUCGAUGAAAAUGGAGAGAAGGAGGCCCAGCUCAGGCGCAGCUUCCAUGGACUGUUUUAUAAAUUCUUUCUCACAGCUGAAUAAGCUGUUAUUAUUUCACUCCUGCCA